CAACACUCGUCACUCUUGUCGAGCUUUGACAAUACACGGACGUUCGGUUUCAUGACGAGAGACGGCUCGACGCAUCGCGGGAUAUUUCGCGGAGAUUCGGAGCAAUUUUUUUCCCCUUGUUUCUCAUCCGUUCUCAGGGUCGACACGAGGAAACGAAACGCGUAAUAUCUCUCAGUGGUGAACAAAGCAAUGUCGGAUACACGGCGACGUCGUAAAUCCAAUCAGUCAUGUGGUUCCGACGAUCUCUCGGAUUCGUACGAGGAGCUAAACGCUACGAAAGAAACUCAAAGUAGUGAACAAACUGAUGGACAUCAAGAUUCAGAAUGUGACAUUUAUGAAAGCGACUCAGACGCCGAAUCACAAGAAGGCGGGGAACAACGUGAAAGUGGAGAUGGGCAAGAAGAGGAAAAACCACAGAAGAAGUUGGACGAUGACGAGGAUAGACGUAACCCGCAAUAUAUACCGAAACGAGGAACGUUUUACGAGCAUGAUGAUCGUACAACUGACGAAGUAACUGAGAAUAACACAGAACAGCAGACGAAUGCAAAAGAAACCAAAGAAAAGAAGGUGUGGAAAGAUAAGGAAGACAGAUGGGACCACGAUCGAUACAAUGACGAAGAGCAAGCUCCAAAAAGACCUGAGGAAUUAAUAGCAACAUAUGGUUAUGAUAUUAGAAAUGAAGAAGGGCCACCUAGAGCUAGAAGGAGAAGAAGAUAUGGUCGUGGACCUAACAAAUACACAAGAAAUUGGGAAGAUGAAGAUGCUUAUGGAAAGACUACAACUGGUAGAGGAAAUAAUAGACGCUUCCAUAAAAAUAACGAAGAUUUUCCCGCUCUUGGUAAUAGUAAGAAUACUCCAAACAAAGUAGAGGAACCUGUAAUUUCGUCAGCUUGGUAUAGCAGCAAGAAUAAAACACAGAAUAAAACUCAAAACUUCCCACCACUUCAAUCUCAACAGGAUAAUGCAAAAACUAAGCCCGCUAUUGCUUCCAAUACAUCCACAAGUGAAAAUAAGGCAUCAGAUGAAUCGAAUAAUACAUCCUGGAAAAAGGACGGUAGACACAUUACUCAAAAUCAAAAUACAAAUGGAAACACUGGUUCUGGCGGUGAUGCAGAAAAGUUGACUAAUACCAAGCCAUUAUCAAGGGAGAAUAACAAGAGGAACACCCAGGAGUCUGUAAGCUUGGUCGCAAGUAGGACGCGUGGAAGAGGUUUCAAGUCCAAUGCUAAUAACAACAUGGUCACUAACAGAAUAGUUGAGAAUAAAGCAAAAGGGCGCGGCCCGGGUCCGGUUACAAUAGAGAAUCGAAGAAAUAAUACCGCGCAGCACAAUGAAGAACACCAGCUUGCUCAUGAUAUGAAACAACAACUUAAUAUUAAUGAUGGUAGUCAGUAUCAUCAACCUGCACGACACAACAAAGGUUUUUUCACAUCCACCAAUCAACACAGAUCAAACACAGUACCCCCUAGAAUGCAACAACAACAACAGCAACAACAACAGCAAUCACAUCAACAACAAACGCAUUCACCACAGCAAACAUUACAGCAACAACAGCAACAGCAGGAUAGUUCUGGAAAUAGACCUAAACGAUAUUCCAGUCUUCGUCAACGACCUACUAUUACAGAAACUUCCGCACAACAGAAUUAUCCAUCUCAACAUGCCCAACAUGGAUAUUUUCCACCUCAAGCUGGAAAUUCAAGAGCCGUUCUAGAAUCUCAAGGUUAUCCCCAAAGUCAUUUUGAGCAGUCUUCUUCGGUUGCUCCAGCCACAGCACCUAUGGCAGGGCAACCUGUUAUUUCUCUGCCGCCUGGUGGACAAGCUGCUAGCUACGCACCACCACCAUUCUUAGUACCACCACCGCAAUUCAUACCACCUCAAACAGCACCACCUAGUAUAAUUAAUUACGUUCCCGGUCCAAAUGGCCCGACAUUUCCACCAAACUUUCAAGGUUAUCAGGGAUAUAAUCCUUCAGUACAGCCUCAGGGUCCACCGCCGCCCCAAGAAUUGUUCCAACCGCAAGGAUGUACUUACUAUAGUCCUGCGCAACAACAGCAGCAACAGCAGCAAGCAGCUCCUUUGCGGCGACCGAAAGCAGCGAUACCUAUUCUUCCACCACCUGAUAAUCAGCAGAGCGGUCGAGGAAGAGGUAGAAGCACUCAGUAUCAGAAUAAUCAAUCUAGCAGUAACACGCAACAACAGACUGAACAAGAAAUCAAGAGUGGUAACAUGGUGGAAAGUGACGAGAAACCUGUGCCGGGACAAUUCGACAGUGCGCAAACCGAACAGCCAAGCACAUUGAAUCAGGAAUCCCAGAAGGAUCAAGAUACGGAAACGAUCAGAACAGUGAACAAUAUGGACGAGGAGGUAGAGAUGAUUACCACUGCUGACUCUCAUAUAAAUAUUGACAUGUCACUCGUUAAAAAAGAUAACUUGGACGAUAGCGUCAGUGUUAAGGAACUAUUAGAAGCGACUUCUAAUGAAAAGAAUACGGUUUCGCACAGUCCAACGACAUUGGCUAGCGUUGAGACUGAAUUAGGUAACAUUGAAUCCGCGAUUCCCGAAAGUACCAUUGUUGAGAAAGCUGCAGCCUAAAAAGUGUGAUUAUUAUUGCGCUUCGUAUUCACACGUCUCCCGCGAUUUACUGCGAGUUGAAGUGUCACUACAUGGAUUAUACACAACACGCGUGGGCGAAGUCUUAUAGUUCAAUUCGCAUAUCCAUAAUUGUAUAUUUAUUCUGUAAUGCAAUUGCGCAUGUAAUCUUCGCUAUAGAAUCAGGGACGCAGAAUAAUUAUUAAUUCAGCCAAUUUAUAUUUGGGGAAGUGUGUUAGUGAAUUCAUUAUAUUUUAUAACAGAUCGAGAGACGUUAAAAUUAUGUUCUCGAAUGCAGUUAUUGCAUUAAACUAGCUAUCUGACGUGUACGUCGCGAUUCAUAGCUUUAAGGCCGCUGAUCCGCCACUAUAGCCAUUUAUACAUUAAUUUAAAAGCGAAAGAUUAUAUGUGAUUUAUUUUGCGGUAUUUGUUUUAUAUGCUUUAUAUUUUGGAUCAAAAUUAAUUAAAGCCUUAUUCGUGUAUGAGUUUCGUUGAAAAUGAGCUUAUGAAACACAUAUGAGGUAAGAGACCAUGAUACAUACAAUGCAUAAAUUAAAUUAAAAUUGCGAAAUAAAGUAAAAAAAGAUUCAUUUCCGUAAAAGAAAAAAAAACGAGAUUCGUUAUUUUCCGACAUUUAUUGUCGGGAAAUUUUCUCUUUAUCGAAAUGGAUUUUUUCAUACAAUAAUAACAUGACUGCAGUGACGGAUUCGAAGCUUUGAAAGCUUUAUUGAUUUAUUACCUAGAGGUAAAGAAAUUUUUCAAAGAAUCGAUACACGAAUUAAACUAACUGCUAUUAAAUAUAAGUUUAAAGCAUGUAAAAAACGUAUUAACUUAUAGGAACUAUAAUCCGUAUUUGUAAUAAUAUCUAAAAUAGUAGCCUCGUGCUAACGUUAUUGCCUGGAUUAUGAAAUAAUGAUGAAAUAACUUUUCAUAUUGAAGUCUACCUAUAACUGGUCAUUAUUUAGCGAGGAAUGUUAAUCGUGUAUUGAUAUAAUAUACUCUGCGCGGGCCAUGACUGCGACACGUUAUAACUGACAUGUUAUAAUCCUAUAUACAUAUACUUUUUCAAUGUUAUGACUACCUACAGAGCAGAAAUGUUUGUAGUUAUAAUAUUAACAAAAUACAAUUCAUUGAGUAACGUAAGUGUGCAUCUUUGUACAUGUAUAAAAACAAUUUUCUUUUUUUUUAUAUGCAAUUUGAAUAACAUUUAACAUUUUUGUUCUUUCCAUCUGCCUUCUUAACGCAUUUCUACACUCCUCUUUCGAUUCCCAGCCUCGUUUGAAAAAAAAAGAGUGAGAUAAACUAACUAGUUAGUUUAUUUUACAGGACAGAAAACGUAAGAAAGUAACAGAAGUGAACAGAUUUAAUGUCUAUUUAGUUUUUUCUUUCAUAUUAUAAUGAAUCCUUUUUUAUUAUAUUUUAUUUACAUGCUUUAAGUUUCACUAGCCGUUUUUGCACGUUCUAUAGAGAUACAAAUCGACCAUUGUCAUAAAGAUAGUACAGAGUAUUUUUUUUUCUUUCGCAAUAUCAAUAUUUGCGCAUCUAAGGUCUAACUUGAAUAUACUAGAGUAUUUAAUUAAUGAAGUAAGACAAUUAUUUUUGCAAAUAUAUUACAAAAAACAGCGAGAGAGCGAUUGAGACAAAACGAUCAAUUAAUUUUGUUUCUAACUCGCCAUGAUUAAUUACAUUUAAGAGUAUAACUACACAAAGUUAUACAAAGCCUUAAACAAAAUUCUUUGAGAAAAAAAUAGAAACUUUCGGCAGGAAAUUUAUACAUGAUAAACGGCACUUCUACGCAAUAAAAAUGUAAAUGUAAGUGGAAACGAAGCGAGCAUAAACACAUUCGCUGUAGCAUAUUGUACAGUUUAUAAAAAAACUUAUAUAUAAUAUCACUAGUAAUAACUUUAUAUAAUAUAACUUUAAGCUUUAAACGUUAGGAUUACAUACACUUUAUUAAACUUUGUAGAUAUAUUUUGAUUGAAAUGUCGAAUGUAUUAUAAGAAAAAAGAUAAAUAUUGCAAGUGACACGAAAAAAAUGAGGUAUAACUGCUUUAAGUGCCGGAAUAGGUAUAUAACGCUUUAUAUUUACACUCUUACGUUUACUUUUUUGGAAUUUUAUCAUGCGUCUCUUUAGGUCUUCACUCAGUUAUCAAUCUGUGAUGUACAUUGUUAUCUACAUCUAUAUCUACAGUAUAAUAAAGUAAAAUGUUUAAAGCA